GAGAGAGAGAGAGAGAGAGAGAGAGAGAGGCCGCCGGGUACGGAGCAGAGGUUACCACAGGACACUCCGCCUGCACCGCCGCUGGACCUCCACAAACCAGCAACAAGCGGCGGACGCAGACGACCGACUGUCUCGGAUUAAUCUCCCCGCUUCCGCCGCCACUUUUCCCCCCCUACAUUCUGGUCGCUCCGCCGCUCGGCUGCAACUUCACCAUGACGCCUCGCAUUCAGCAUUAAUGUGUUUUUUACGCCUCUCCCCGCCGUGGACUCUGUGAACCGGAGCGACCGACCGGGGGAGACCGGGAAGGAGGAGGACGAGGACGCCGCUUUUCGCCACUUUUUUUCCCGGCUGCGUUCACUGACGGCAUGCGGGGGAUUUAAACGGCAGCGAGCGAGUAAAAAUGUGUUUUUAAAAGAGCUAGCGGCGGCGAAGCGGAGCCAGUGUGAUGGUGUAGUGUUAUAACAUUAGGCCGACGCUAUUUCAUUUUAUUUAUUUCUAAGGGCUGCAACUCCUGCAGCACUUGUAGCGUUUGGACGCACAAAUCCAUCCGAGCAGAGCGACACAAAGGACGGCAAAGUUUGACUGCUCGUCCCCCCCUCCUCUCCAAGGGCUGAAAGGUCACUGGGACCGGUCAUCUCCUCCUCUCUCCUCCCCCUUCCUCACCCUCCUAUCAGUCUGUUAUGAAGAUGUGAACUCUUCCUCCCCUCCUCCUCUCCCUCUUUCUGUCUCUCCUCGCCGUCCUUUGAUCUCUUUUUUUCUUUCUUUCCUUCCCCUCUCUCCUCUAUUUGAUACAAAGAGAUCAAACAGCCGCUUCCCCUCCUCUCGGGGAUGUACGAAAGCGUGGAUGUGGUGGGUUUGAGCCCCAGCCCCAGCAGCCCCAGCCCGGGCUCGUUCCUCGGCAUGGACUACUACCACAGACCCCCGGGGCUCGGGCCGGAGAAGGGGCUCCUGUCCGGGGUGGGAGGACUCCAGCGUCCGUUCGGAGGCUCGCUGGUGACGGGGAGACACUGGAGCGGAUCCAGCCACUCUAUAGAGACCGAGAGCACGAGUUCGGGGGAGGAUCUUCUGGUGCCCAGCCCUCCUUCACCUCCACCUCCACCUCGUGUCUACAAACCCUGCUUCGUCUGUCAGGACAAAUCUUCAGGAUACCACUAUGGAGUCAGCGCCUGUGAGGGCUGUAAGGGCUUCUUUCGGAGGAGCAUCCAGAAGAACAUGGUGUACACAUGCCACCGAGACAAAGUCUGCGUCAUAAACAAAGUGACGAGGAACCGCUGUCAGUCCUGUCGGCUGCAGAAAUGCCUCGAUGUGGGCAUGUCCAAAGAGUUGGUGCGAAAUGACAGAACAAAGAAGAAGAAGGAGGAGAAGAGGCAGGGGGAGGCAGAGAUCUACGUCCUGUCAGCCGACACGGAGCAGAUGAUUGAACGAGUUCGUCGAGCUCAUCAGGACACGUUCCCUUCGCUCGGUCAGCUGGGGAAAUACACCACGAGCAACAGCGCUGAGCACCGUGUCGCUCUGGACGUCAGCCUCUGGGACAAGUUCAGCGAAUUGUCCACCAAAUGCAUCAUCAAGACGGUGGAGUUCGCCAAGCAGCUUCCCGGCUUCACCACGCUAACCAUCGCUGAUCAGAUCACGCUGCUCAAAGCCGCCUGCCUCGACAUACUGAUUCUGAGGAUCUGCACCCGCUACACCCCAGACCAGGACACCAUGACCUUCUCAGAUGGACUGACCCUGAACCGCACCCAGAUGCACAACGCUGGCUUUGGACCUCUCACAGACCUCGUCUUCUCUUUCGCCAACCAGCUGCUGCCGCUGGAAAUGGACGAUGCAGAGACCGGACUGCUGAGCGCCAUCUGCCUGCUCUGUGGAGACCGUCAGGAUCUGGAGGAGUCGGAGAAGGUGGAUGUUCUUCAGGAGCCCAUGCUGGAAGCCUUGAAGAUCUAUGUGAGGAGGAGGAGGCCUGAUAAACCCUGCAUGUUCCCCAAGAUACUGAUGAAGAUCACUGACCUGAGGAGCAUCAGUGUGAAGGGAGCCGAGCGAGUGAUCACCCUGAAGAUGGAGAUACCCGGCUCCAUGCCUCCUCUCAUCCAGGAGAUGCUGGAGAACUCUGAGGGCCUGGAGGGGCACGGGGCAACGGGAGGGAAAGGGGGAGGAAAAGGAAGAGGAGGAGGCAGAGAAGAGGACGAAGCAGACGCUGGAAGUUGUCAUCCGUCGCCCAAAUCUGUCCCGUCUCCCAGCCCGAGCCCCACGUCCUGCUCCCCUUCUCCUCCCCUAAACUCCCCCUGAAGCUCCCCACCGAGCUUCUAAUGACAGAAACUGGAGGACAGAGCAGCUUCAGAGGAGAGUCUGAAUGUCUGAACCCAUGAACUCUCUCUGGUGAUGUGAGACUGUCCAACGAGGACUGAUUUCAGACAUCACAGUCGUGUACAUAGAAUGCAAAAGAACACGAGUUCACAUUUUUAUCUUUUUAAGAUGUUUAUAAAGCUAAUAAUAUGCAGCCUAAAUGACAGAUUUUCUAGAGCAGGGGUGUCCAACUCAUUUGUUCCACAUUCAGCCCAAUUUCAUCUCAAGUGCUCUGAAUCAGUAAAAGAACAGCUUAAUAACCGAUAAAAAUAACCACAACUCCUUUGUUUUAGUGCAAAAAAAGUGGUAUGUUUUGAAAAUGUCCACAUUUAAGGAAUUAUCUUUUUACCGAGAUCACGAACAACGUGAAAUUUCUUCAGAAUAAUAAGUUCAGUUUCAGCAACAUUCAGCCUCAGUUUAUCAUUUCCUCAUUACAACUUCCAGAUCACAGAGUGUCUACAAAGGAACACAACAUUUAGUCACAGGGAUCUGGAAGUGAACGAUACAGUAUUUUACUUUAUGAUCAAAAUGACAAAAAAACAAAAACAAGACAAAAUAUGAAAAAAUAAGACGUAAAAUGGCAAAAAUGAGAAACAAAAUGACAAAAAAUGAGACAAGCGACAUGAAACUUAUCAGAACAGAGACCAAAAAUUUGCUAAAAAAAUUACAAAGCAACAAAAAAUGGACAAAAACGACACAAAAUUCCGCAAAUUACACAAACGAGACAACAAAUGACAAAAAAACCAAAACGACCAAAAAAUAAGACAAAAAACUGAAGCGAGACAAAAAGGAAAAUCAAAACAAGAAAAAUGAGAAAACAACAAAAACAUGAGACAAAUGACAAAAAAAUGACAAAAAAACACGAAAAUAAGAUAAAAUAUUGCAAAAAGAAAAUACAAAAUGACAAAAACAAGAAAAUAACAUGAGACUAAACGAAAAUCUGACAAAAAAGACAAAAAACAGCAAGAACAAUGAACAAUCUAGUAUGUUACUUUCUGAUCAAAACAACUUGUCAUGGUCUAGAAAUUAUCUCUAAAUUACAGAUUUACAAAAUUAUAAUCUGCAGUUAAUGUCUUCUCUGUAAUUUUUACACUUUGAAGGCCGGAUUGGACCCUCUGGAGGACCACUUUUGGCCCGCGGGCCUCAUGUUGGACACCCCUGCUCUAGAGGCUCUAAUGUGGAUGGACUGAUUCCUCCUGAUUCUUUCCUUCGUGUACAGGAUCCAGAAUGAUUACGUGUAAUAUAGUGUACAUAACAAAGCCUGAGCGAAGCUGAAACAGACGGAUGCAAGAAGUUAUUUUCUUAAAUGUACAUGUGCAAAUACUGGGUUUCCCCGAUGCAGCUAUCCAUCCCGUCUACACCGCACGCGCACGCACACACACACACACACACACACACACACACACACACACACACACACACACACACACACACACACACACACACACGCUCACUCACCUUCCUCCUUCCUUCCCCACGCAUCAGAGAAGAUGAAUGACGAUAGGAAGACGAGUGUUUGAAUCUCCUCCACAUGCAGCUCCAGCAAAGAGCCUCAACAAACUGUGAAACCUCCGGAGUUCGUUUCUGAACAAAACGUCUGCCCGUCAGCGGACCUUUUCAACCAAAGCAGAGUCAGAAUCCAGGUCUGCAUCAUCAUCAGGUGGCGUCAAACAUCUAAAUGUACAAGUUGUGUUUAGUUUUUUAUAGUCUGCACCUCUUCAUGUCGGUGUGUUUCCACGGUCACCGCCUCACUGCUUCACCCCCAGUGUCAGGUACAAAACAUCUGUAUCCUUUUCUGUGUCGUCCCCUUUAAUGUGUGGUGAGCCGAGACUCACUGGAAAGUAUAAAAAUACAGGGAGUUCAAUAAAUAAGUCUGAUUUUCUU